UUUUUGUUCUGUGGACUGCAGCUUUGAUCACUGCUCCCGUACGAACUUGAGGCUUUGUGUGGAUCUCGUUGGUCUCCUCUCUCUUGGAGUUAUACCCCUCGCUUCCGCAUUUUCACCAAUUGGUGGACUUUUGGACAUCCUAAAGAAAUCCAGGUUACAGACUACUCAAAGUCAGAGGUCACAGGUCACGAUCAGAUCCGUGCAGGAUGUCGGGGUGCGUACCUUUCUACCAGAAACAUCAUCGCCACUAUGACCGUGGAUACCGCAGCAAGGAGGUGCAGUCUGCUCUUAGCCAGUACCAGCACUCCAGCAGUUUCUCAGCCCGCAGCAGUAGCAUCAGCAAAGGAGCCAAAGCCGCACUGUUCUCAGAGAUAGAGGAGACUAAUCUGAGCCCACUAGCCAAAAGAGCAAAGCCAACAUACCUGGCCUUUGACAAGGAGAACCAAAUCAUCGGCUACGUUGUGCCUCUCUUCAAAGGCAGUCAAGAGUUUGCCAGCGGACUUUCGGACACCGAGGAGGCUAGGCUGAAGGAGACUGCUGGAUACCUGGCCAGGAGAGACCUGUUUUCUAGCGAUCUGAAAGAAGAAAGAGCGGAAAUCCGGCAGACAUCCAGGAGAGUAGCCAUGAGAGAGUCAGCGGAGCGAAUCGCCUUGAAGAAGACGAUCCACGAAAGUGAAGAAUUCCACAAGAGGAUGAACGAGGACAACCUGAUGCACGCCCCGCGGUUUGUGAUCAAGCCGCGCUCGCACAUGGUGUGGGAGAAGCAGUCGGUCAGGCUCCACUGCACCGUGUCGGGCUGGCCGGAUCCACGCGUGGUCUGGUACAAAAAUAAUGUGACUAUUGACCCUCUCGCCCAUCCUGGAAAAUAUAAGAUAGACAGCUGUUACAACGUUCAUUCUCUGGAAGUCAACAGAUGCGAUUUUGAUGACACUGCUCAGUAUCAUGUAUCUGCCAUGAACGCGAAAGGGGAGAUGUCCGCCUAUGCCUCCAUCGUAGUGAAAAGAUUCAAAGGAGAUGUUCCAGAUUCACUUCCUGCUCCAAGGCAUCAAGGGCCUGUGGACAAUGCAGAUGGGUUCUGCUCUGAGUAUGGCGUCACGUUCGAGACCCACUUUGUGGACAAGUUCAGCGUUUCCUUCGGCCGGGAGGGGGAGACCCUGAGCCUGGGCUGCACCGUGAUCAUCUCCCCGAACCUGCCUCGCUUCCAGCCCGAGGUGCAGUGGUACAGAGACGAUGUUCUCCUUCAGGCCUCUAAAUGGGUGCACAUUCACUGGAGCGGAGAGCGGGCCACCCUGACCCUCCCCCACCUCAACAAGGAGGAUGAAGGCCUGUACACCCUGCGUGUGGCCACCAAGUCCGGCUACGAGACCUACUCCGCCUACGUUUUCGUCCGAGAUGCUGAUGCGGAGAUGGAAGGAGCUCCAGCUGCUCCUUUAGACGUGUGCUGUCAGGAUGCCAAUAAGGAUUACGUGAUUGUGACCUGGAAACAGCCAGCAGUGGAUGGGGGGAGUUCCAUUCUUGGAUACUUUGUGGACAGAUGUGAGGUGGGCACCACCCACUGGAGCCAGUGCAAUGACACCCCCAUUAAGUUUGCCCGCUUCCCCGUGACGGGGCUGGUGGAGGGCCGCUCCUACGUGUUCCGGGUGCGUGCCGUCAACAAGUCCGGCAUGAGCAGGCCGUCCCGCGUCUCGGAGCCCGUGGCGGCCAUGGACCCUGCCGACCGCGCUCGCAUGAAAGGUCACCCCUCAGCCCCCUGGACUGGACAGAUUAUUGUCACAGAGGAGGAGCCUGCAGAGGGUGUGGUCCCUGGCAAACCCUGUGACCUGGCUGUCACCGAGGCAACCAAGAACUAUGUGGUGCUGAGCUGGAAGCCCCCAGGGCAGAGGGGCCACGAGGGCAUCAUGUACUAUGUGGAGAAGUGCGUGUCUGGGACAGACAGCUGGCAGAGGGUCAACACCGAGAUCCCGGUCAAGUCCCCCCGCUUCGCCCUGUUCGACCUCGCCGAGGGCAAGUCCUACAGCUUCCGCGUGCGCUGCUGCAACUCGGCCGGCGUCGGGGAGCCAUCCGACCCCACCGAAGCCACCACCGUCGGGGACAAGCUGGACAUCCCCUCCUCUCCAGGCCGUGUGGUGCCCACCAGGAACACCGACACCUCGGUGGUGGUGUCCUGGGAGGCGUCCAAGAACGCUACGGAGCUGGUGGGGUACUACAUCGAGAGCAGCCUGGUGGGCAGCAAAGUCUGGGAGCCCUGCAACAACAAGCCAGUGAAAGGCACUAGGUUUGUUUGCCAUGGCUUCACGACGGGGGAGAGCUACGUAUUCAGGGUGAGAGCUCUGAACGCCGCCGGGCUCAGUGACUACUCACAGGAGUCAGAGGCUAUCGAAGUCAAGGCCGCCAUCGGGGGCGGAAUACCUCAUGCGUCCCCUACCCCUCCCCAUGACAUCACCGUGCUGGAGAGCGUGCGCGACUCCAUGGUCCUGGGCUGGAAGCAGCCCACGUUCAUUGGUGGAGCAGACAUCACCGGCUACUUCGUGGACUACCGGGAGGUCAUCGGUGGGGUGCCAGGGCAGUGGCAUGAAGGCAACAUAAAGGCAGUCAGCGAGCGAGCUUACAGAGUGGAGGAGCUGAAGGAGAACAUGCUGUACCAGUUCCAGGUACGCGCCGCCAACAUGGCUGGCGUGGGAAUCCCCUCCAUGCCCAGCGACACCUUCAAGUGUGAGGAGUGGACCAUCGCCGUGCCAGGCCCCCCCCAUGACCUCCAAGUGUCUGAGGUGCGCAAGGACUCACUGGUGUUGCUGUGGAAACCGCCCGUUUACCAGGGGCGCGACCCGGUCAACGGCUUUUAUGUGGACAUCAAGGAGGCAGAGGCUGAGGAGGAGGCCUGGAGGGGGGUCAACGAAAAGGCCACGGAAAAGAUCUACAUGAAGAUUAAGGACCUGAAGGAGGGCGUCAACUAUGUUUUCCGCGUGCGUGCCCAGAACAAGGCGGGGGUGGGCAAGGCCUCUCAGCCCACGGAACCUGUCCUGGCCGAGACCCGUCCAGGUACCCACGAGAUAGUUGUGGAGGUUGAUGAUAAUGGCGUGAUCUCAAUGAACUUCGAGUGUUCCGACAUGAAUAAAGACUCUCAGUUUGUGUGGUCCAAAAAUUAUGAGGAAAUUCAAGACUCUCCUCGCCUUACUGUGGAGACCAAAGGGGGCAAAUCGAAAGCCACCUUUAACACCCCGUCUGAGGAUGACCUGGGCAUUUAUUCUUGUAUUGUCACCCAUACUGAUGGAGUUUCUGCCAGCUUCACCUUAAAUGAAGACGAACUGAAGAAACUUCUGGAGAUCAGUCACGAUCACAAGUUCCCCAUUAUUCCUCUCAAGUCCGAGCUGGCUGUGGAGCUGCUGGAGAAAGGCCGUGUGCGAUUCUGGCUGCAGGCAGAGAAGAUGUCCGCCAACGGCAAAGUGGAGUACGUGUUCAAUGACAAUCUUCUGUCCCAGGGAGAGAAAUACAAGAUGAACUUUGACAAGAACACGGGCAUCAUUGAGAUGUUUAUGGACGCGCUGAUGGUGGAGGAUGAAGGCACUUACACCUUCCAGCUGCAGGACGGGAAAGCCACCAACCAGUCCAGCCUGGUGCUGAUUGGAGAUGUGUUCAAGGACAUACAGAAGCAGUCAGAAUUCCAGCGAAAAGAAUAUUUCAGAAAGCAAGGCCCCCACUUUGUGGAGUAUCUGAGUUACGAGGUUACCCCGGAAUGUUGCGUGCUGUUGAAAUGUAAGGUGGGAAACAUUAAAAAAGAGACCGUGGCAGCCUGGUACAAGGACGGUCGGGAAAUCAAAGUGGACGAGAAGCUGACCUUCACCGAAGGAGUGCUCAGCCUGGAGAUUUCCCAGAUUUCAAAGAAAGAUGCUGGUGUUUAUGAAGUGGUGCUCAAGGACGACAGAGGGACGGACACCGCGAAGUUGAAUCUGACGGACCAGGGUUUCAAGGACUUGAUGAAUGCAGUGUUUAGUGUCAUCGCAAAUUCCUCCACACCACUCAAGAUCCAGAGCACAGAUGAGGGCAUCAGACUCUAUACCUUUGUCAGCUACUACAAUGAUGAACUCCUUGUGACCUGGCAGCACAAAGACUCGGCCAUCGCCUUCACAGACAGGAUCAAGAGUGGCGUUGUGGGCGAGCAGCUCUGGCUUCAGAUCUCUGAGCCCACGGAGAAGGACAAGGGGAAGUACGCCAUCGAGUUCUUCGAUGGCAAGGGGGGCCUCCAGAGGACCGUGGAGCUGACUGGGCAAGCCUUUGAUGAUGCGUUCGCAGAAUUCCAGAGACUGAAAGCGGCUGCAAUCGCAGAGAGAAAUCGGGCUCGCGUGGCGGGAGGCCUGCCUGACGUGGUGACGAUCCAGGAGGGCAAGUCUCUAAACCUGUCCUGCAACAUCUCUGGCGAGCCGGUGCCGGAGGUAACCUGGCUGAAGAACGAGAAGGGGCUGGUGUCUGAUGACCACUACAUCCUCAAGUUCGAGUCUGGCAAGUUUGCCAAUUUCAUCAUCACCAAUGUCACCACCGCCGACUCCGGCAAGUACAGCAUCCUGGUGAAGAACAAGUACGGAACAGAGAGCGGAGACUUCACCGUAAGUGUCUUCAUCCCUGAUAGUGAGCAGCAUCCUCAACCUCAAAUGAAGGCCGUUAAGAAAAAAUAAAAAGAACUUAAUGCUACAUAUGCAAAUAUAUUUAUAAAAAAUAUACAGAUUUAAUAGAUUAUAUAUUGAAAGCGAUAAUGGUUGAUCUGGGUGGUUUACAAAACUUUAAUCUAGUCUCCAGAUAAGCAACUUUCUUCCUGGGUGUACAUUAUAGAGGUUUGGAGAGAAAUCUGUCAAGAUUGAUUGGAAAUAUUUGUUGCCACUCAGAAGGGUAAGGACCCAAUAACUCUCACUUGAGUAAAAGUAUUUGAGUGUUAUCCUGCUCUAAACAUAACUGACUUCAUUAGUAAUGCAAAUAGAGUGUACCUCUGCUUUUGUUUCCCCAUCAGUAAUAUAUUUGUGAUGCAGUCUCUUGAAGCGGGUAGUGCUGAGUGCAUUUCAAGCACAGCAACAUAUAAAGUGGUGCCUGAUUUUCUGACUCAAAAGGUCAAAAUUAAACAGACACUGUAGGUCCAGCAACACCACCAGUGCAAUGAAUUACAGCAGUCUGGCAAUUGCUUGUUGGCGCACCGUAAGAUUCUGCUUUAAUUCAUGCUUUUGGUCUUUCAUCCAAACUGGAAUUUUCUUUUUAGCGUGUUUCUUUGCUGUUCAGUUCUAGAAAAAAGAAAAGACUUGAGGACAAUGAGCAAUAAGAGUAUAAUAAGAGUCUCAUUCCAUGAGAAUGCUUGAGUAAUAAGAUUAAGAUUAUAACAAAGGCUUAAAUCCAAUAUGUUCACAUUCAUAAAGGCAUCUGUCCACAGUGAGCAGAUUUUGGGGCACUAGUAUUGCUAGCAGUUCACACUGGCAGUAAAUGACCUCUGCCAGUGUCACCUACACAGCAAGUAGGACCUUUGGCAGAUUCCCCAUGACCCAAUCAUAAUACUGUAUUUUUCAAACUGGUGCUUCUUUCUAUAAAAUAUCUCUGCAUUAUUUUACAUGAUGCAGCAUACACAACAUUACCCAGUACAUUGGUAUGCCAGUAUAACCUACAUAGGUCCUCACCUUGUUCAUCUGAGACCAGCUAUUCACACAGGACGACAAAGAGCAACUCCUGUAGUGCCGCAAAUUUGUGUUUUUUAUUUGUUAUGGUCAAGACUUGUUUUUUGAUGUACAAGGCAGUCUUUAUUCAACUGUGAAAACCACAGCUUUGUCCUCUGUACUAAGUUCAAAAGACUGGAAGCUGAGUGCCAGUGGGGAUAAAGAUAAGAAAAUGUACAUUGUGGUCAUUGUUUCCCUUAGAGUUUAAUUAAAUGAAUCCAUUGUGUCGUAUGUAAGCCCCACUUCAUUCACAAUCCAAUAAUGCCACUUCCUUGUCACUGUCCUUCUGGUGCCCCUUUGUCAUUUGACUAAUAAACAGUGCACAUGUUCUUCACCUC